CUAGAAGGAUGGCAGCUAGUCAAUACCACCCACUUCUAGCUCUUGGCUGCUCUUCUCAGACUAAAUAGUGGGAUAUGACACUUACAGUUAUAACGCAUCCACAGCUCCAAAAUGCGGAGCGCGAUUUUGUGUUUCGGUAACGGAACGCGAAUCGCGGAACCGUAGAUCUAUAGUCCGGCACGCUGACCGUUGGGACAUGCUUUUAUCCAAAUUAUAUUAUAGUCAGUGGCGGCUAUAGGUGUAGGCGACCGCCUAGGGCCCCGUCCAACAUGUAUAACUGCGACGAUACAAGUUCAACUCGGUGGACAGGAACGAAAAUUACAGAAAUUCUUCCCAUGAACUAGAACUCAUUUUACUGAUCUCGACAGCGUAGUGCGUACGAUCCGUUAUGUUGGAAAUGUGGUUACUCCGAUGAUGAGGUGUCGUGAUCUGUGUCAAAGCUGUCAACGUGCGAUUGAUAUUUCAGGCGCUGAUUGUAAGUGUAUUUGAAAUGGAAAGCCACAAGAACAGAAUUCAACAGAGCGUUGAACAGCCGACGAAGGAAGCCACUUCAUUUCCUUUGAAAUCUGAGAAACAUUUAGAAUCACAUCUUGUGAAAAAGAGCAGUGAUUUGGAGUUGUCUGAGAUUUCCCAUUCUGAAGGUGUAGAGGAAAAUACGGAAGUUGAAAAAUUCGAAAAGAAAACUCUUUCAACAAUAUAUGAAGAGGAAAUUUCUUCUACAACUAUUCUGGAUUUGUUGAAGAAGAUCCCUACUCUAGGAUAUUUGAUGUCACUUCUCUCUGCUUUUUUUUUUGGAAUUUCACGUUUUCUCAUUAAAUUUAUUUCAGACCUAAAUCCUACAGAAAAGGUAGUAAUUACAGCUACUAUUCAAGUAGGUUUAUGCUUGCCCAUAGUAAUUUAUUUUCGACAUUCUUUUUUGGGGAAAAAGGGAGAGCGUUUGAUGUUCAUGUUUAAGAUAAUCUGUGGAGCCUUAGAAAAUAUCAUGGUUUUCUACUCUCUUUUCUUCAUUUCUUUAAGUGAAUCUAGUACGAUCAUUCUAGGUGCUCCUGUGUUGAUAACUGUUUCAGCUUGCAUAUUUCUUGGUGAGAAAUGUGGUUUAUUGGAAAUUAUUGGUUUGGUUUUGGCAAUUAGUGGAGUGUUGUUUGUGUCUAAUCCACCAUUCUUAUUGACUGAAAGGAGUGAGUUUACUUCAGAUCGUCUAGUAGGUAUUUUAAUUUCUUUAUCAGCCUGCUGUUUUUUGACGGGUGCAUAUGUAUUUCAGCGAAAAUGCCUACGUACAUCGUUUGCUACAAUUAUAUUUGCACAAUCUCUAGUUGUUGUCUUUGCUGGGUCAAUUUUUCAUUUAUCAACACAAAAGUUACGUAUAGUACCAAAAUGUGGAAUUCAAAGUAUUUUAAUAAUCCUCUGUGGAGUAUUCAACAUGCUAGCCAUGUGGGCUUGUGUUUUAGCGCUACAGUUAGAAAAUGCUGGCCCUGUGUCUAUCAUACGUUCGUUCGAGAUAGCUUUUUCCUUCAUUUUUGGGAUAUGUGUUUUGGGUGAAAAACCUGAAUGGCAAGGCAUAUUAGGAGCUUUGUUAGUUUUCAGUAGUAUCAUUCUGUUGGGUGCAAAAAAACUUGAGAGAGAACGACCUGGAAGAUUUAAAGAUAUAUUUAAGAAAUGCAUCUAAUUUAAAAAGAUUUAUCUAGCAUAUAAAAUACAACAAUUACAUUUAUCGGAAUGUACUGAUCUAAAGUUUCCAUGUGAUGUUUUAAAAACAUAAAAAAUAAAUUCCAACUAUUUAUCUUUUAUGUAGUAUAAUCAAGAAUGAACAAUAUUCUUUAGAUUUUGUUCUAAUUUUUCUAUCAUUUCUGGCAAUAUGAGGUUUUUAUGGUGUAUACAAUUUCAAUUUGAUGACGCAUUGUUUAAAUAAAUGACAUAUUUUGAUGUUAUUUACAAGAGGUUAUAUGAUAAGUUAAAAUUU